AUGGAUGCUGCUAGAGCUUAUGAUUGUGCCGCAUUUAAGAUGAGAGGGAGAAAAGCUAUUCUGAAUUUCUUGUUGGAUGUCAAAAAUUCUGGUGCUCCAGCAAAUAUUGGCCGGAAAAGGAGAAGACAGAACAAGAUGGAGUUGCUACCACGCGACCUCUUAAGAGAUCCAAGUAGACAAGGGUCGAGGAUUUGGUUAGGUACUUUUGAUACUGAUGUGGAUGCUGCUAGAGCUUAUGAUUGUGCCGCGUUUAGGAUGAGAGGAAGAAAAGUAAUUCUGAAUUUCCCAUUGGAUGCCGAAAAAUCUGGUGCUCUGGCUAAUAUUGGCCGGAAAAGGAGAAGAGAGAACAAGAUGAAGUUGGUGGAGAUGAUGAGUUUGUAG